AUGGCGAUGAAGUGUUUUGUCCUAGCAGUUACUAUGAUUAUUGUAGUGAAUAUUUGCAGUUCGUUAGCACUAGGUGGUGGAGAUUCUCUUCUACUGGGGGAGUCGCUCGCUGGAAAUCGGAGCAUAAUAUCAAAGAAUGGCACUUUUGAACUGGGAUUUUUCAGUCCAAGAGGAACGAGUAAUUGGUACAUUGGCAUCUGGUACGCACGAAUUUCUCCAAAGGUCAUAGUUUGGGUGGCUAACAGAGAUAAUCCUAUCAGAAGCAUUCUCGGCGUUCUGAAAUUUUCAAGCGACGGUCAUCUCAGAUUGCUUGAUGGAAAGGGCCGGUCGGUGUGGUCGACUGAUCUUGCUGCGAAAGGAUCGCGGGCAACAAUAACAAACUCUGGUAAUUUCAUUAUCCUGUGUGACCGCCAUAACAAGUCUGAGAUUGUUUGGGAGAGCUUCGCGCAUCCGACCGAUACAUGGUUACCUGGAAUGAAGGUGUGGAAAGGGAUGAAGCUAACUUCAUGGAAGAGUUCUGUGGAUCCUGCAAGUGGGCUCUUCUCUCUAGGAAUGGACAUGUCUCCAGGAAAGACACAGAUGCUGCUGGUUUAUAACAAUAGCGUUCCAUAUCUGUCCAGUGGAGAGUGGACUGGUAAUUCCUUUGCCAACGUGCCGGAGAUGGCGGAUCUCUCUGGAUGCAGAGAAGGGUGA